UCUCCCUAAUUUAAAAGCUCCUCCUCCAUCGUCACUGAAACAUUUAUGAAACACAGAGACUGAAAGAGAGUGAUUCAUCAUUCACGGUUCAUUUCACCAACUCCAUUAUUACAAUGAGAUCAUCACCUUAAAACCCAAACACAUAAACCCCACAAGGGACCAAACUUAAUUUCUCUUCUACUCCCACACCACAAAACCCAACCUUAGCUUAGUACUGAACAGUAAAGCAGAGCUUUACACACAGAAUGAAAGACCUAGAUGCACCACCGACACUCAUCUCUAUUCCAUCGCCUACCACCGCCACGACUCCGCUGAUCAGAAAACCCGAGAGCUCGCCGUCGUCGUCGUCGUCGUCGUCGUCCAGAGCAGCUCGUUUGUUUGUCGCCAAGAAUCGGUACAAGUUCUGGGUUUUAGCUGCGGUACUGUUGCUUGCUUUUUGGUCUAUGUUCACCGGCUCCGUUACUCUUAGAUCAGUUAGAUGGUCCGCCGGCAGCUUAACGGGUCUCUCCGACGACCUCAGCCUCCCACCAACUUACGACGAUCUUGAUAUUCUGGAAGUGGAGGACAGACAGAAGGUGGUGAGGCACUUGUGGGACUUGUACACGCAGAGGCAAAGCGGGUCGGGCAGGAGAAGCAGGACCCGACUGCCGCGGUUUUGGCAGGAGGCUUUUGAAGCUGCGUAUGAUCAUUUGAGCAGCGAUGUUCGUGUUGUGAGAGACGCUGCUGUUUCAGAGAUUGCUAAGAUGUCUAUUCGCUCCAUCAAUGUUGUUGAUCCCUUUCCACUUCAAUCCAAGGGCACUAGGGAACUGAAAGGGAAGAUCAAGAAAACAAAGGAAAGCAAGGAGAUAGGCAGCGACUCUUGAAUAUGUAUUUGCUUUGUGUGAUCCAUCUCUAUUAUAUUCACGUCAGUGCACCACUAAUGCUCAAGCAAUGGUGAUAUCUAACUGUGUAUGUAGAUGCAGCGACUCUUGAAUAUGUAUUUGCUUUGUGUGAUCCAUCUCUAUUAUAUUCACGUCAGUGCACCACUAAUGCUCAAGCAAUGGUGAUAUCUAACUGUGUAUGUAGAUUUCGUUUUCACCCAUAAAAUUGGGUUGUUUACUUGUAUACUUGUUUGUAAAAGUUAUAAAACUGGUAUCAUCAAUGAAGGGAUUCUGCAAAUACUA